AUGGCAGGGACAUCGGAGUUACCCUUAGAAGUAUCGUCCGACACAGAGGACGAUGACCAGGUCCUCGACAGAGACUUGGUGCUCGGGCGAGUUGCGGACCAUCGGGGAGCAAGGAGUGACAGUCUACCCCGUCCACCUCCGAGUGCUACUGUGAGCAUGGAGCCUCCCCAGCUUACGGGCGCGCUGGGCAACGAGAGUGGCGCGAUUCUGACUCUCCUUCUGCGUGCUGGAGGUGCCACCCUGGCGACCGAGGACUUCUGGUGUCGGAGGGCCCUCCAUUUGCCGACUCCAUUGUCGGCAAUUGAAGUACUUUACGCACGCAUGGUCCUCGUGUUGCUACAGUGUCCGUAUUGCGGGACUUCCGAGAUGGUCAUCAGUGGACGCAUGUACGGCACGAACCAGUACAAGCCUGCCGUGCAUGUCAACUGCAGUCGCCCUCACUGUGGCUGUAGGGCGUGUGGAGCGACCGCCCAGGUCGCGCCGGUGGAGCUCGCGUACACACAGACGGGCGCGGUGCCCUAUUUCCCCUUCUUCUUGUGCGCUCGGGCGCAAGCUUCUUUCAGUCUCGCCCCAGUCGUCACCAACGUGGGCGGAGGCCAGUACUGCUUCACCCUGCUGGCCGUACCUUGCAACAAAACAUGCUGCAAUGUCCCGUUGAAGAAAAUUGAGUUCAACGUGUACAGCAGCUGCUUGGUCCCUGGCGCCUCCGUAUCGGCAACUGUCAACGGUGUCCCACAGCAGUCAGUCCCUCAUUUGAUCGGCCCCAAGAUGGUCCGCCGGGUAGCAGCAUUCUGCGAGUGA